AUGGGUAAAGAAGUACCUGCUGUUGUUAUAUUAGAUAACAGACCGUAUGAAAGCACCAGUUCCAGCAGCACGACAACGACCAACAGCCCAGUCAUCUCUUCCCAUCACUUGGAAUUAAGUCAUUGUGGUUGCAACAGAGUCAUCACUUCUGAAUACAGCUGUAAAACAGGGGAAGCCAAGCUUUUGCUUAGUCAGUUGCAAACACAAGAAGAAUCUUUACGUCAUGAUGGUCGCAUCAAGACUGACACACUAAACACAUUAGAAAUGACCGUGAGCCAGAGCAAAAGAUUAAUCGAAACAACCGUACAAGGCAUCGAUUCUUUGCAGCAUGAUUUAAAGGUACUCAAGAACAAAUGUAAAGAGGAAACAUGUCAAGUCCAGCAAAUCCAAGAAUCCAAAGAGAAUAUCGAAAAGGAAUUAGAAGAGCUUGGAACAAAACUCACAGAAGAAGCAGACAGUAUGAUUGUCAUUGAAAAGGAAGCCCAACGUAUCCUCGAACGAGAAAAUGGAUUGUUAGAGACAGAAUUAAAGUCUGCCGAAAGAGAAUUAAAAGAGGCUUCAAGUCAAUUAAAAUUAAUUCGAAACACGAUGGGGCAACAUGAUGAUAUAAUGAAUCAUACAUUAGAUGAACAACCACAACAACAACAACAACAGCAAGUACAGGUCGAAAGUAACGUGAUUGAUACCUAUACCCGUGCUCAAGUGGAAACCAUCUUGAUGCAUGGGUUGGAAUUAGGUCUUCAUAUGGACACUUUGGAAGACGAUGGGGCUUUGAUGGAUUUCAACGAUUUCAUCCAAUCUUUAUACAAGACACCACUCCGAAAGAUUCAUUCAUUAAAAUACAUGCGUUACUGUAUUCGUGACGAUAUAGAACCCUGUCUAAGAUUUGGCCCUAACCCUAGACUAGCCACUCGAAAAAUUAUGGACUCGAUCCUCGUCAAGAGUUGCUUUAUUGAAGAAUGUCCCGAAGGCUUUGUGACGGAACAAGCCAUCCGACAGCUAAAAGAAGAAGCUUCCGCCAGCCUUUGGGAGAGAUUCACCACCUCCACCGUCUUCUUGGGUUGCCAAGCGUGUGGUCGAAACAUGGAUAAACAGUCGAGAGUCGCUCUCUUAAAAUAUCGUUUCCGAAUCUCUUAUUUUGAUGAAUGGGCUUGUAUUGAUCGUUACUGUCGAGAUCGAUUACUUGCCGUGAUUGAAUUCUACUUAUUUAUUCGCCAUCUUCGUGCUGGUGCAUACAAGCAUCGCUCUGUUCAUGAAUUAUACCAGCAAUCCAUCCGUCUCAAGCUACAAAUGUUCCUUACCAGAAUGGGAGCAUUGCCAAGCAUGUUACAGAACUGUGGCAUCCACAAAGACAAGAUUGCUUCUGCCUUUCACGGAGAAGAUAUGAACCAUAGUGUCAUGUUACUUUCUGAGUCUGCAUUUGAAAGACUUUCAAGUUCGACUGAAUCUACCAUGACUAUUUCAACUGUAGAAUCUUCAAGGACGUCUGCAUCAUCCUAA